GCGUUUUAAAAUCUAACUCUAGUUGAGUAGUUGUUCUGAGAAUCUAAUCUAGAAUCUAAAUCUAGAUUAGUUCUAGACUAGAUACACAUUUUAUAUUAAAUUUAUUACCUUACCGUACUGGACGCGUUUCAUUAAAAUGUUAUUCUACAAAAUGAAAAUAGUGUGGUUUUUCUUUACAGUGAUUAAUAUUACAUGUGUAACCUCAAAUGCUGGAGUUGAAAACAUGAAAAUAUUGAAAAUUCAGGACGAGGAAAAAAUUUCUUAUUUCAACAAACACAACAUCGAUCUAGAUCACCUAGAUCUAAAUGAGGCCAUAAAAGAAGUAAAUAAAUAUAUUGCAACAGCUGAAGAAAGUUACAAAGAGAAAGCAUUUGAAUUUUUAAACAAAGUGAAAGAUGAAACUGAACACAGCAAAUUAUUGAAUCUUAUUCUUAAUCACAACGAUGCAAAUGUUCUUCACACUUCUUCAAGGACCCUUGCAGCAUUCAACUGGCAAAGUUGUGACAACAGCUCAGGACGGAUUGGUCAAGUAAAUGACUUGUCACUCUCCCCAGACCCCCUUGUAUUGCCUGGAAAGCUUGGUAUCAAGUUUGAUGUUGAAAUUAAAGAAACAGUUGACACACCACUAAAGGUUGUUGUGGAUUUGAAGAAACGGAUUGGUGAUUUUUGGAUUCACCUCCCUUGCAUCAGUGGGAUUGGCUCUUGUACUUAUGAAGACUUGUGUAGUAUUUUGACUUAUGCAGUUUGCCCUCAACCUUUCCUGGAUAAUAAAAUUCCUUGUAAAUGUCCUUAUACUAAGGGUCACUACAUUAUGCCUUUAAGUUUCAUUGAAAUCGAUGCCUCUAUUCCUAAUGGAGAAUACUAUGCUAAAGGCCAGUUCUCGUACAAGGACAAACUAGUGUACUGUAUUGAAUUAUAUUUUACUAUUGCUUAAAGUGAAUAAGCUUUAAGCUUUUUUUUAUUUCUGUUACUCAUCUGCUUUAUUUGCUCCACAAUAUUUUUAUUUAAUAUGAUAUUACUUUAUUAAACCUGUAUUAUUUUUAACUUAUUCCUUAAUUUAAUAGAUUUAGGAAAACUAAAAAUAUAAAUUAAUUAAAAGUUUGUAUACACUGUUUUGGAGAUUAGUUUUGUCUAUAAUGCUUAUACUUUCUUACAUGUUAUAUUAUACAAUUUAUUAUCUGCUUAUUUCUAUGACAGCUAUUUAAGCUAAUAAUUUUUCAUUUAUAUUUUAUUUAAACUUAUUUUGUUGAUUUGUAUUUGGUUCAGAUGGGAAAAUAUUCUUAUGGAGAAGUGUCAGACUGAAAGUGUAGCUAUGACUCAAUGGAAAUGUGUUUUUGUUGGUUUUUUUUUUCUACAAUUUUUGUAAACAUGGUAAAUCUCAAGAAAGAUUUGUGGGUAUAUGGGUUGAAACUGUGCAUCAUGCCCUUUAUAGUUAACUGGAAACCUUUACAUAAUUUCAUAAGAAAACAUUGGUUGUAUUAUUAUCUCUUAUUUCAGAUGGUUUGAGUAGCAUUCUAUGCUGAGUGUUAAUUAAUAUAUUUUGAAGGGUAAAUGGUUUUAUAUUUAAUGUUGUUAGAAAAGUAAAAAUAUACUUGUUAAAGAGGUGCCUUAUGAUGAUUAUUUUCAAAACUUAUGUCCCUUGUAAUUCAUGCAUAUAGGCUUAACAUAAACAUGUUUCUCUUUUUUUUAAUUUCUGAAAAUCCAUGACCUCAUUAUUUUCACAAAAAAAAAAAAUUGAAACAUAAUAAUGAAGAGGUAAAAAUUAUAUUUUUAUUAAUUUAUAAACAAAUUACUUAUACUGAAAAUGAUUGCUGUUUCAAGAGUUAUAAAAAUAUUACACUUGCUUUGUACCCUUAAACAACAUUAUAAAUUAAGCUAUUGUUUCAGUUUAAAAAAAAAAACAAUGAAAAUAAUUUUACUAGAAAUUACUUAAUACUAACCUUUUUUUCCAAAGUAAAUUGUAUUUCUAAAAUACCUAUUUUCUCAUUAAGAUGGUCACCUGUUUUAAAAGGGUGUUUCAUUUGGUAAUUAUAUAGCUAACUCAUUUCAUGUAAAAAAAAUUUAAUUGUAGAAGACAAUCAUUUAUUUUAAUACUUGUUAUGUAAUAUAAAAUUUGUUGGAGAGCACAUUUAGCAAAACUUUUGUGUUGUGAUAUGAGGUUUUAUACACACACACAUACAUAUACACACACAUAUAUA